UGUACUCUAAAAUGGUCCUCACGGUAGACCCUUCAAUUUAUGGAUUUGGUUUUCAUCAGAAUCAGAAGACGAAGGUGGAAGAAGGAAGCAAAAGAAGCCGUGGUUGAAUGAAUGAAUCAGUGAAACUGAAACUGAAAUGGAGAACAACAACAACAACAAUAACAACGCUAUGAUUCGUGAAUGGUUCGACAGAGUUGACUCUAACAAAACUGGAACCAUAACUGCUCCCCAUUCAUAAUCUAAUUCCUUUCUUGUUUUUUGUUCUCAUAAUUGUGUAGGAUGUAUGAUUUUGAUAGGAAUGGUACUAUGAGCUUUGAAGAAUUUGUUGCACUCAACAAGUUCCUUAUUAAGGUUCAACAUGCAUUUUCUGAUCUUGAGAGGGGUCGUGGCUUUCUUGUCCUUGAUGACGUUUUUGAGGUAUAUUUUAAGAAUGAUUUCAAAGAUGUUCUGUUUAUCGUGUCACUGGUUUUGCUUAGCCAGACGAGCUUAUGGUUCUUAUUAGUACUUCCCAAGCUGUAUCAACAAAAUGUUGAGUUCCUUAGUUUAUGUGUAAUGUUGGAUGCAACUCUAAAUAACUUUGCCGAAUAUGUUUCCAGGCAUUGGUAAGGAUUGGCUUCACGCUGGAUUCUCCUGCAUUUUACUCUGCCUGUGCGGUAAGACAUCUUCAUAGUUUAAUUUGUAGUAAAUCAUCCUGGAGAAGUUGCACAUCACAUUGACGACUAGUGGUUAAGCCAAAACUAUCUCAAUUCUCAAUGUUUGUUUACACUACUAUUAUCCAAAAGCUAACCUCACCUAGUGUUACAAAACCUAAUAAAUUGACUAUUAGCAUUACUAGCACCAACUAUCCAGUGGUUGAUGAACAUAGAUGCUCCGAAUUCCAACGAUUUCCAACGAUUUCCACACUAUUUAUCAAAGCAUUUCCUUUUCCAGUGAAGAAGAGAGGCUACAACCUAAGACCUAUCACAAUUGAUCAAACUUCUUGUUUUGCAAAUAAUCAAUCACCAUGACACUUCAUAGAGGCAAGCUGAAUUGUCUCUGGGGAAGCAAACAUAAGACCAAGUCGAACUGUCCAAGACAGCAAGAACUCCCUCUAAUGAAAACUUUAUAAAAGAGUUGGAUUAGGUGAAUCAACAACUACUUCAAGACCAUAAUAAGAAAUAUCAAGUAGAUACAUAAAAGGCAAGCAUGUAUAGUUAUGGACAAGUGUUAGGGGCUAUAUGACUUACAUUUUCCUCAGUGUGACUAUUUUGUGAAUAUAUAUCACUUCCAAUGUUCACUCUUUAAUAGAGUAGGAUGAAUAGUAUGCUGAGAAUCACAGUUCAAAAGGACACCUAACUGCAGAAUAAGAACUGCUCCAUUCAAAUACAUCACCAUCCAAAAAUUUACAAUCAACAUAAGUAAUUAAUAGACAUAAAAACUAAUUGAAAAGAGACAAUUCUGGUAAUAGAUUAGCAAGAUUACCUUAAUUGCUUUAAAGAAAAGUAUGAAUCAAGUUAAAAAGCAUAAAUGACUACAUCGCCAACAACCAUCGGAAGGACUUGCCCCUUACAUCCACCAAUAGUAAAAUCUGAAGCAACAUGAAUAACAACAGAAGAAGACUGAAGUAGUAAUUUCUCGGCCUUCACUGACCCCCAAAAUUUACCACAUUAGCACAUUUAUCAGUAUGGCAUGCUAUCAGUGUUGCUAGAAUAAAGUUUGUUAAAGCUGAGUGGAGGUGCCAAAAUUGUGUAUUUUAUUAACUGAUACUAGCAUCAAAGGCAAUCAAACAUUGUAUAGAAUUUCC